UAACCCUAAACCGGACCAGAUUCUGUGUUGUUCUAACUUUUCUUCUUCCUAAAGCUCUUUAGCUACUCAUCCAUAACAAUAUCUUCCUCUUCGGUCACUUAUUUUCUGGCCGCAAUAUCAAACAGAUAUUCAAUCUGAUAUUGUUGGUGUGAUCAAAGAUAAUCAAAUAAACAUGGAGGAUUGGGAGGAUGAACAGAUUCCAGAUCUUCUCAAAAAGGAUCAACCAAGGAGUAAAUGGGAUGAUGAAGAUGCUGAAGAUAAUGAUAUAAAGGAAUCUUGGGAAGAUGAAGAUGAGACUACUCCGGUGCCUAAACCAGAACCGCCUGUUGAGAAGCCCUCCAAGAAGCCUACUGCAAAAUCUAGUGAAGAAAAAGGCAAGAAAGUAGCAGUUGAUAGAGACGAGGUACCUCUAGAUCCAGUAGCAGAAAAAUUACGUCAGCAAAGGCUUGUGGAAGAAGCUGAUUAUAGGUCCACUGCAGAACUGUUUGCUAAGAAAGGCGGCGAUGAUAAAACCCUUGAUAGUUUCAUUCCUAAAUCUGAGAGUGAUUUCUCGGAAUAUGCUGAGCUUAUUUCUCAUAAGCUGCGACCGUAUGAGAAAAGCUACCACUACAUUGGAUUGCUCAAGGAUGUUAUGAGACUGUCCAUGACUGCAUUGAAUGGGCAAGACGCUAACGAAGUUUCCAAGUCUGUUAAUGCAAUUUCUAACGAGAAGAUUAAAGAAGAAAAAGAAGCGAACACGAGCAAGAAGAAAACAGGUGCGAAAAAGAAGCAGCUACAAGUUGAUCGGGCAGAUGACGAUGCAGUAAUUAACGCUUAUGAUGGUUAUGAUGAUUAUGAUUUCAUGUGAUAGGAGAACAUAGCAAAUCGCUGAAUCAAAUUCAUUUAAGGCCUAUUUGUUUUAACAUUUCAAGUUUAGACAUGUAGAGGAUUUUGGAUAUACAAGUACAAAGAUGAGAAGGAUAACGCAGCCUGUAUUCAAUCCCAAUUCCGGAGGCUUAUUUAGUGUGCAAAAUUCAUCCUUUUAUUCUUUUUAUUAUCUAAGGAUAAUUAUAGACUUCCUCGGGUUUGUGGUUGUAAUAUGAAUAUUCCUUGUGAUUUGCGAUAUUACGCUCCACUCUAACAAUUAUUGAAGCCUGUUUUGGAUUUGGAUAAGAGGGUGUUUGGAUUGGCUUA